UUGGCGUUGGCGUUUGCGUUUGGCAGAAGUGCUGACAAACUGGUACAUUUCGGUCGGGUCGUUAGGUCGCUACAAUAAAUAUUACAAAAAUAAAUUCCUGCUGGCCGUUUGUAACACAUAAGACAUUAUUGGUAGCUGCUAUGCAACAAGGUGACAUAAUAAAAAGAGUACGAUCGCCCUGCGCUCGAAAUGCCAGGCGCAAAAUAUGAGCAGCUGCCGCUUAGUGGCGACGCUGACGAAGACGUGUUUACAACUAAACCAAAAGGAAAAUGGUCUGAAAUUUGCGUGCAGAAGAGCCUUUUAUCUCUAGGAUUAAUACUUCUUUACUUCUCACUGUCUAUUGGGCUGACCUUCUACCAGGGAUGGCUGUUGAAGGAGUUCUCCUACCCGCUAACAGUGGUGAUGUACCACCUUGUGGUUAAAUGGAUGCUAUCGGUCCUCGUCCGGACGGUGCUAUACUUCAUCACCGGCGUUUCCCAGCUAAUGCUGCCGUUCAUCACCAGUCUCAGGUCCGUGGCUCCCACCGGCCUGGCCAGCGGUAUCGAUGUUGGCUUCUCCAGUUGGGGCCUACAGCUUGUGACGAUAUCCUUGUACACCAUGACCAAGUCAACCACAAUCAUAUUCAUCCUGGGCUUCGCUAUUCUACUUGGAUUGGAGAAAAAGUCCUGGUCUCUCGUCGGCAUAGUGUUCAUGAUAUCGUCUGGGCUAAUCAUGUUCACGUACAAAGCUACUCAGUUCAACCUGCAUGGCUUCAACUUCCUAUUGUUGGCGUCAUUCGCGGCCGGUCUCCGUUGGACCUUCGCGCAGCUCCUGAUGCAGAAGUCCAAGCUGGGGCUCCACAAUCCUGUCGACAUGGUGUUUCAUGUCCAGCCCUGGAUGUUCGCCUCGCUGUUGCCUUUUAUGGUCAUGUUUGAAGGCAUGACUUGUUUUUACUACCUCCAAAGCCUUGAUCAUGGCGAGCUUCUGCCUACCAUUCUGAAGGUCACCGUCGGCGCCACCAUAGCUUUCGCGAUGGAAAUCAGCGAGUUCCUCGUCGUCACGUACACAUCUAGUCUCACGCUGUCCAUUGCUGGUAUAUUUAAGGAAAUGUGCAUACUAGUCUUAGCUGUAAAAGUUGGUGGGGACAAAUUGAGUUCUAUCAACGUAGUCGGUCUCGCCGUUUGCUUGCUGGGUAUCAUCGGCCACAUAGUCCACAAGGUGCUUGUUAUAAAGGCCGUGGCAGGUACAGUCAGCGCCGUAGAUGAGAACUUCGAAGUCAUCAGGAAUCGGGCUAAAGUUGGUGACGGCAAAUCCGAACCGCUCCUAGAGGCCGAUCCAAAAUGGCCGAUAAGCGACGACAGCGACCUCGACACGAACACGGUAUUACACGAAAUUAUACAGAGGAGGGAUUUUAAGUAGUACACGUGGAAUAUCGACUUCAAAGCGCGAAUUAUUUGACGACGUAAAAUGAAAAAAAAAAAAAACAAGUAUUUAUUUUUCAAUUUACGUUUUGAAGUCGGUUGAGUGUCGUCAAAUGAUUUUUUUUUUGUUAGUAGGAAACGUUUAUAUCUCGUAUUUAAAUAAACAAUACGAGACAUGUUUUAUGUAAAUCAGUAAUAAAAAAAAUAUUUUAUUUUGCAAGAUGAGCUGUUCAAAACAAAUUACUGUGAUGGUUUCCUCUUAAUUUUAUCUAACCGAAUUCUGCUAACAUGAAAUCAGUGUAGAAAUGCCAUUUAAAACUUAUAAGGCUUUAUAUGUGUAUAUCUUAUUGUUUAAAAUUAAUAUGAGGCUUCUAAAAUUAGCACUGUGUGGAUUCUAUGUAAACUGAUAUCUUGUCAUGAAGUAUGAUAUUUUUAUUUUCAAUUUGUAUUUCUACCAGCAUGGUAAAUACUAUUCAAAUUUUGUUAAUGUUCCAAAUGUCUAACAUCACCAUUGAAAUAGAAUAAUAUGAGACAAUAGAAGUACCAUAUAAGUAGUACUUGAAAUUAUAGGAAUUUAUCUUCAUUCGUCUUGCAAUUUUCUGUGCAGUUCUAAAGCUGUCAAAUAAAUCUCAUAAUUGAGAUGCAAUAUAAAAGAUGAUGUCUGAAACAUCAGUUGCGAGGUCAUAUCCACCAAUACUUGGCGCUUCUAUAGUCUUUUAAUGUUCCAAAAUCUAUGGUUAUGGUAUGCUAAGUGAGGAGAUUUGACGAGAACAACAAAAAUUAAGGUAAAAAGCCUUUAUAAUAUACAAUACAGGGUCACAUGUUAUUAUAUACAAUCUAGCAGGACUAGAUUGCCUACAUUAUAUACUACAGCUUUGUUCAUUGCCUUGAUGUUCGUGUCAUUUUGCGCGUCAGUUUCAAAAUAACCAAGUAUACAGACUAUACAACAAAUUAUAAUGGUUCUCGGAUGAAAGUUGACGUCGAUAUGUAAGUAAAACCUUGUCCGAUCCACGAAGGUCGUUUUAGGAGGCAUAUGUACGUUUUUUUUACCAAUUUCCGUCAGAGGAUAAUUUAAAAGAGAUAUAAAAAAAUAUAAUGUUACAUUUUAGACGGUGAGGAUGCCAUAUUAUGACAACACUAACGUGCUGACUUUGUCGCUCGUCUGCAGCACAAGCAGCCAUAGAGGCGGCGUUGUCAAAAAAUUAUAACCUUAUUUAUUUCUUCCAAUCCUUCCUUGUUUUUGAAAUAUGUCGUUUUCGGAUCGAACAGGGUUUUUGUUACAUAUUGUAAGUACCUAUAUACAUAUAUUGUUUUAACAUAUUUCCUCUCGCUUUCCUCUAGUUAAUAGGUUGACUAGUUAAUUACGUGAAAUAAAUAGAAUAGUAUUUUUAUAUCAACAAGUUUAGAGAAACCGAUAUUGAUAGAACAAGAAAAUAUCGCCCACUUAGACUAUGUUUAAAGAUUUCACUGUAACCAAUUCUGUCCCUCACUUAACAAAAUGUAGAUUAACGCUAGAUUUUUCACAAUUCUCACGCGAGCGAGGUCUCCAAGGAAAAUUUAUAUUUAUAUAGCAUAGGUUAGUGAAAGUGUGUAUUAUGUAAAAUCAAUAUAUUUUUACAUUGAUAGUCAAAUCAUUUGACAGAUAUACAAAAGUAAAUAUACAUAUAUAUAUAUGAAAUAUUUUUUGUAACCGAAAUACAUAAUGCUGGUCAUUAGUGGACUCCGCGCUUUUUAGCCAACGGUUGCCAUUUGUUAUUGUACCAUUGUUAUAAAGUCGAUUUUUGUACACUGAAUAAUUAAAUUGACAAGAAAUAGAAGUCAGAAUAAUAGAAAACAAUAGAAAUGCCAUAUUGAGAAUUGAGAAGCAAUACGAAAAUUUUUGUCCCGGUUUCCACCAAAGCGGUGAGAAGUGGAGGCUAAAUGUGAUAUGUUUGGAAUAUGCCCAAUCAGUUUUCGUUAUUUCCACAUCUUCACGCCGCUUAGCUUCAGUGAUAAUGGAUCCUUCCUUUCCUUUCCGCUUUCGUGGAACUUGGGCCUUAUGGCGGUAACAACUAUCAGUUGCGACGUCAUGUUCACCAUAAAAUACUCGCCAUUUCUAUGGUUUAAUAUUGUUAUGAUUUCUAUGGGAUAAAUUUUCCAUAACAUAAAAGUAAUAUAUUUAUGCCUAGCUGUCUAUUGACAAGAAUUUGCAUAUUAUAUUUGUUAAUGCAAACGUUCAUAUUAUAUAACUGGAUAAACAUGGACGCCAGGAGUAAAAUUGUACGGCUUUUAAAGGAAAUAAUUAGCUUGCUGCAUGCAGCAUUUCGUAAAAAUAUAUACAUGUACCUUUGACAUUUAUUAAUUUCAAAUCAAAAACUUAAAAAGAGGUAAAACGACAUAAAAAAAAUCACAGAAAUGGCAUUAAUUGAAAUUGAAUUUAAUCAAUUUUUAGUGUGGUCUAUCCUUCUUUUUAAGUUUUGAAUUAAAAUAAAGAGCAAAAUAAAAUAGUAAACAAAAAACCGAUGUAAACGAGUGUUUUAGUAGUAAUGAUAAGAACAACCAUAUAAAUGAUUCCCCCAUAUCAUAAAAUCUAUGGUUUACCCGCUAUAAAAAAAAUAUAUUAUAUGUAAAAGAUACGUUUCUAAGCAGUUUAUACAAGUUUGUAAUUGUAUCGUUGUUGUAUAUUGUGUGUGUAAACACCAUGUUAUGAUUGUUCAUUUAAUUGGCAAGUACAUUCCCUUGAAAUUCCAUUUUUCUUAUUUUAAUUUAUAAUUUGAAUAGUAAUGCACUUUGUAAAUUGUAGCUUUUACAUGAGAAAGUUAGUGUUGCCAACCUCAAUGUAGAGUGAAGCUGUUUAAAUGAAAUUAGCGUUUUUAGAUCACAUAUUCCUUGAAAAUUGUCGUCGAAUUACCCUUUUUUGAGACAAAAUGUAAAAGGAACAAAAUAACCGUAAAUUUGGAUGUUUAAACUGAAAAUUGAGUUGUCAUAGAGAAUAGUUUAGAACCACAGGGCUGGGAAUAGACCUGACAAUCUUUUUUUUGUUUUUAUGAAAACAGCUAAAUCUAAGCAAUUUUUUUGUGUGGAAUUUGCGUCAUAAAUUUAUGUCGAAGUCACUGUUAUUUAUUUUAUUUUCCAAGGUACCUAUUUUAAUUCAACUAUAAAAUUUCAUAUUCAGCUAUUUUAAUAUAUUGUUAUUUACCUAUAAAAUAACGCUUACUUUGAAAUUAAAAUUUAUAAACUGAGGUGUGGCGCAAUCAGCACAUGCUAAAGCUACAAUUUCAAAAGUAGUAGGUAUUAUCCUUAUGAUAUAUUUUCUUUUGUUACGAGAUUUGUUUUUAUUUUAAUUGUUAUUUUAUGUAAAUAUUUUAAAUUAAUCGUUUGUGUAAGUACCUAUUUCGUUUUGAUAUAUAUUGCCUACUUUUGGUGGAAGUAAGCACAAACCAUAGAGGGAACAAACCUCUAUGGCACAAACUGUACAUGGACCAAUAUUUUGCAUUUAAAAAUAAAUAUACAUAACAAUAUGUACAGGAUAUAGAAAUUAAGCUAUCUUAUGAUCUAUUGCUUUGAUUUGUCGACACAAGAUUAUUUUGUUAAAUUGUGAGUAAAUAAACGAAUAAAACCAA